CUAAACUAAUCCCAUUAAUUAACUAAGCCAACCAGAACCGUAAACCAAUAUACUUUCUCCCGUAAGACUCGCUCCACCGUCCAAACUCUCAUUUCCUCUUCUCCAUCUCCCUCUUCCUCUCUCCCUCUCCCUCUCCAACCUUACCAGAGAUAUAGACAGAGAAAGGUAGUGUUGGUGUCGGACAACAACCAAUCAAAGGAGCAGGAGACAGGAAGGGGCCACAGUAGACUCUGUUUAAGUAUAAUUGAAAGGCUGCAGUUGUAAGUACCGGAGAUCUGGUGCCCCCACACGGAAGGUGGUGGUGGUCAACGGAGACUUACAUUAUUGGAUCACAUGUCCGCUGUUGAAGGUGGACGAGAGUCGCUGGCAGGGUUAACCCUCGACGCAGUCCUGUCUGAGAAGCGACGUGCCGCUGCGGCCCUUGCGCCCACGGCGAAUCAGAUCAACCGCACUCUCCUCGACAUCAUACGUGACGAGGACCCCAGUGGCGGCUCCCAUGGCCACAAGAAGAGCUGGAAAGCAUUCAGGGACAAGCUCCGUCUCAAGCGCGCUGGAGCUGCUUGGACAUCCUCUGUUCAUAUCCCUGCCUCGGAUAUCCCCAUCCGGAAUAACAACGACGUUAUCAGAUCCCCAUUUUCGCGCCGGAAUUCCGUCCGUUUCACUACCAUGUCGUCCAACUCGCCAAGCUGGGUAGAGUCGUCUCAGGACAAUGCUCAUCGGGAUGAUUCGUCUAAUUACUCCAACGCCCCGCCGAGUAACAGACCACAGAUGAAUCGCUUCGGCUCGACUCGAUACGGCAUGUCACUGGUUCCACCGGAUUCCAAUGAGUCAUCGGAUGAUGCCAACAUUAAUGCAGUCGGUGAUGCUCCUCCAGCAAGAAGUUUCAGGCCACAAAUCUCUCGGCACAACUCGACUCGCUUACCGGCCUCCAACUCGGAUUCAAAUCAGCCAGGAGAAAACGAAUACGAGCCGGCAAGAGAAGGCACGCGGCGUCUGGCAGCAGAAUUGGCAGAGGAGAGGCAGUUAUCAGCCAGGGAAGCGGUUGCGGCGCAGGAGGCGUCAGAGGCAGCGGCAGCCGCAGCUGCGGAAGGAACUGAUUCAGAGGGCGAGGAGGAUAACGAGGCGGAGGAACAAUCGGGUGCGGGACAACAGGUGAGGAUGUCAUUGAUGGAUUUGUUGGAGGAGAACGAUAGGGAGUUGGGACUUGAGGGGUCCACAUACAGGAUGGGAGACGAAGAAGAGGAGUUCGACGACGACGACGAUUAUGAUGAGGAUGUAGAGGAAUGGGGUGGGGGUGGUGUAGAGUAUAAUUGCUGCGUGUGCAUGGUUAGGCAUAAAGGCGCUGCUUUUAUCCCCUGCGGACACACCUUUUGUAGGCUUUGUUCGAGAGAGCUUUUCGCCCAGAGGGGUAACUGCCCUCUAUGCAAUGGCUUCAUUUUAGAAAUCCUUGACAUCUUCUAAAUUGUCAUGAAUUUUAUUUUAUUUUUCUUUUGUUAUGCAAAUUUUUUUUAAUGGUAAAUAAGAAAUUAUUUAUUUCACGGAUUAGGGAUGAUGAGAUUGGAAUGUUUUUCACUAUCUUGUGCCUCUUUUGGUUGUUUGGAAAAGCAAAUGAUUGAUUGUAUAAUUUUAGCUAGGAAUGCAAGGAAUUUAUGUUCUCGUUCACGU